AUGUUCCAUUGGUGUUCCCCUUCUAGCUCUCCUGCUGCCACUUGUCCUUCCGUGCCAUCGGCGACCUGUGGUGCUGGCUGUCCCUCAUCCUCUACCUUCCUUUCCGCUUUGCUCUCCCCUCCUUCUCCAGCAUCUCCUGACCGCUCUUCUCCGCCGUCGCUCCUCAGUGCCAUGUACGCUCUCCUUGGGCCCAGGAAUACUUCGGUAUCUCCCGGGUGCUUUAUCCCUUUCCGCGUGGCUUCCCGUCCUCCUCUCCACCGAAUCCCCAAUGGUGAUGAGAGUAGGGAGAAGGGUGAUGAGAGUAGGGAGAAGGGUGAUGAGAGUAGGGAGAAGGGUGAUGAGAGUAGGGAGAAGAGUGAUGAAAUUAGGAAGAAGGGUGAUGAGAGUAGGGAGAAGGGUGAUGCGAGUAGGGAGAAGGGUGAUGAGAGUAGGGAGAAGAAUGAUAAGAGUAGGGAGAAGGGUGAUGAGAGUAGGGAGAAGGGUGAUGAGAGUAGGGAGAAGGGUGACGAGAAGGAGCCGCACAGGCGAUUGCACCUUCACCCAUCAUUCCGAUCUCAAAUCCUCUUUCCACCCCUCCAUCCCCCAAUUCCCCCCUCCGGACCCACAAGACCACAUAAUCCUGCUCCCUUCCUCGAAGCUGCUUCCCGCCGCAACCUUCUCAGAGGGGUUGGUGAGGCAGAAGCUGUUGUGCAAGGGGGGGGUGAGAAGAAGGGAGAAGUGGAGGAGGGAGAAGAGGAAGAGGGAGAAGGGGAGGAGGGAGAGGGGGAAGAGGAGACGGUGCGGUUGUAA